AUGUACAUAGUGACCCGCUCCCACAAGGCCAACAACCGCAACCACGCCGCUCUUGCCAACGGUACUGCUCUCCCUGAGGAGCAUAUCCCCAAGUAUUUUGCCAAGCACGGCUUUCUUGAUAACGAGCCUAAGAAGAUCAAGAAAAACGGCGGUGGUCGCUCCAACUGGGGUAACGCUGGCGAGGAAGUUCUCGACGAGAAUUUCACCUUUGCUCAUGCCCGCCGUCGGUCCAACAGCAGCAGCUACACCAGUGGUCAGUAUGACUUCAAGACCAAGUUUGACGUGAACGAGCCGGAGCCCGUGUUCGAGGAGAGCAUGGGCGCUGAGCUUGAUGACGAGGACACUUUAGCCAAGACGGACACCUCGUCCAGCAACGGCAGUGUCAACGGCGAGGACAAGAUGACCAAGAGCCUCUAAGUCUCUUUAUGCCAAUGUUACAAUGCCAACGACGGAAAAGAGAUUCCGCCCGUUAAAAGGGAAUUUUCUUUGAUCUAUUGUAUGCAAACAACCUGUGACGGUAUGGCUUCCAUUCCCUGGCGGACGGAACGGUCGUUGCCUUGUAAAACUCUUAUGUAUUUUGUUUUCAAAUUCGGUCGGUACCUGGAAUUGGGGGGCGUACAGGUGACUUUCAGAUCUGAUAUCUGGGCUUUCUCAUUAGCUUGUUCAUGACAUUAUGAUCGACUCUUACUGGCAGGGUGGAGGAAACGGAUUCUGUAGAGGAUCCGAUGCUACCACCACAAAGAUGUGUUCUGGUCUACGCGAAUACGUCAAACGACCAAUUAAAUGUAAAGUAUUUUGAACUUGAUGACGGUCUGGACGAGCAACAAGGUGAAGUGCUUGCGCAAGUAUGAUGCAGAUAAGAAUUAACAACAGCCUAUUUAGCACAGCGACUGAUAAUGUUGUACGACGGUAAUGACGUUAGAAUCCGGGUCCGGUAUUGAAGCCGG